AUGCCCGGAAAUAACUACUCUUCAAUCUCUACCAAAGAUAUCAAUAAUAGCUCGUCUGAAAUUCUGGACUUAACAAGCAUCGAGGCUAUUGCAGAGCUCAUUAAAGAAAAUAAGGCAAAAAAUGUGAUUGUAAUGGCCGGUGCAGGGAUAUCAACAGCUGCAGGUAUACCCGAUUUUCGCUCACCGGGAACCGGCCUAUACGACAAUCUUCAAAAGUUUAAUCUUCCAUAUCCGGAAGCCAUUUUUGAUGUGGAUUAUUUUAAGAGAAGACCCGAAGCAUUUUUCGAGUUGGCCAAAGAACUUUAUCCGGGCAAAUUCUUUCCUACCUUAACCCAUUACUUCAUUAAACUCUUGCAUCAACGCGGAGUUCUCCUUCGCUGCUUCACACAAAAUAUCGAUACGUUAGAACGUCUCGCCGGUCUAUCUGAUGAUAUUUUAGUGGAAGCACACGGAUCAUUUGCGAUGUCAAAAUGUCUGAAUUGUCGUGAAUCAGUAGAUCCCGAAUGGAUGAGGGAAGAAGUAAUCGCCGGAACUAUACCAAAGUGUCAAAUUUGCAAGGGUAUAGUCAAACCUUGUAUCACAUUUUUUGGAGAGUCUUUACCAGCAAGGUUCUUUGAACGCGUACCAGAUUUCAAAAAAUGCGAUCUUCUUAUUGUACUUGGUACUUCCCUACAAGUUCAACCAUUUGCGAGUUUAAUAGAUAGUGUGACCGAGAAAACACCAAGAUUACUUAUUAAUCGGGAAGUUGUGGGCGUGUACGGAAUUUCAAAUUAUGGAUUUGACUUUGAAGGAAAAUAUAAUAAACAUAGACGUGAUGUGUUCCAUGAAGGUGCAUGUGAUGAAGGUGUACGAUUAUUGGCAAAACUUUGUGGAUGGGAGAGUGAACUUGAUCAAUUACACGUAGAGGGCUGCGAACAAUUGGCGAAAAAAUAUGGAAUUGUUCCUCCAGCUCUUUUAGUUCCCGAGAAUCUUGCUGUUUCUGAACCCUCUAAAUCAUCAGUUGAUGAGGUGGAUUCUUUGGCUGAGUUACUAGUUGUACAAGCAAACAUAAGUGAUGGUACUAAGAAUGAAGAUGAAGUUGAUUCUAAUGAUAAACAAACAAAAUUGGAUGCCGACAUAUCAAGGGGUGAAAUUAUCAACUAUGAAAAAUCUGAUUCUACUGUUGUUCAAGUGCAGGAGGCGGUCAGCGAGCAAUCGAGCACAAGCGUCACUACCGCCAGUAAUAAUUCUAAGAAUAAUACCGCAAUAAAUGAUUCAACGACGACUACUUCAAGUAUUGCUUUGAGUAAAGACGUUGAGGAUCCGGAUGGGAAAGCAGUCUUCUAG